UGAUACGUGCACGUGCACGUUCUGGACACUGGAAGUGUAUUCUUACAGGAAUGGGUUAUCUGUCAAGAAAAUGAAGGGUUCACCAAUCCUUUGUUCAUUGGUCACUCUGGCAGUACUACGUGUUGGGGCCUCGAGGGGAUUGCAAUAUGACGCAUAUAUCCUCCUGAAUCCAUGUGGUAACGAGGGCAACUUCACAAAUACCACAUACCAGCUACAUGUGCCCGAUGGCAUCACGAGGGUUCGACUACAAGAGGUUCAUGAAAAAGAAAUAUACAAUAUAAUCCGACAACUGAUGGCACUUCAGAAAAAUAAUACGGAUUUAGUCAUCAUGUCAUCUGAACUCAUGAAAGCGUUCCCUGUCCAACUCCAGCAGUCAUUUGGCAAAAUGGAAGUUAUCUCGAUGUCCAGUCUGACUAAUCCCCCAUAUUCACCUUUAGCUACAUCUGGACAAUCUGUUGAUGGCGAAGACGAAUGUUCGCCGUGCAGGGAAAACGGAAGUGCUCAUUUUGAAAUAACAAUGCCAAUAAACGAACACGAUUGGUGGUAUAAUCACGUUUUAGUUAUAGCUGACGCCAUUCUAAAACAUCUCAGAUGGUCUUCGGUAUACAUAUUUUAUGAAGAGAAGCUACAGCAUCUUGUCGACCUGUUGCUGGAUCACUGGUCCGAAAACAGCAUUACGUUCAACACUUUUAUGGUCGAAAGAAUGUCGGAUUCAGAUAUCGUUGAUAUUCUUGGAAGUUUGAAGUCAGCGAGCAACGUGACCAAGGGUAUGGCUAACCUGCUAGUCUUGUGUGAGGAUUACUUCACUAACUUCCUCCUACAUGUGGCCUCGGAAUACUCCGAGAAACAUAUCCGGGAUUCGGCCAUUCAGCACCACACCCACUGGUUGCUGGUUUUAUUCAGUAAUGAUGCCACAGGACGAAGAAUACUGAACAACAUAACAUUGGACAACGUGGCUCUCAUAGAACUGGAAACACAAGACAGAAUUAAGCAGAAGACGUGUCAUUCCAUCGAAAGUAUCCUACUGGCAGACGAAUGUACAGAACACGGAAUUAUGACUGGCACCGAGUUUCUCAAAUACACCAUUGCUAGGCUGUUUUAUGACGCAAGUAUAACCAAACGUUUAAAACUGUCGUAA